ACGGAAACUACCAGUGAAGGGAGAGGAGGAAACAAAAUCAAAGACAAAAGGACAGAAGUUUGUGUUUGGAUUAUCCGUGUUAAAUAUGAGCAGACUCUUUUGUUUUCAGCCAAGGAGGACUUUAUAGACACUUUGGAUACUUUUAUAGAUACUCCAGAGUUUGUAUGUACGUUCUGGCUCUACUAAGGUGUGAGUGAGAGAAGCAGGGCAGUCAGAGUAAUGGGAGGAGCUGUAGGGCUCUCCAUGUACUGACUCACACUCUCUUCAUAUGGUAAAUAGAGGGUCACAUGGGGCAAUAGUCUUGAAGCAGUGGGGGGAAAAGGGAGGGAAAGGAACAAGGAGAGAGAGUGAAGAGGUACUCUGCAGGACUUUGGCCUUACUCAUGAACAGGAGGCGGCACUUUCACCCUGAGUUUAGAGGACACUGGAUCCCAUUACAAAAAGAAAUGAAACACAAGAUAUAGAGUGAGUGCCAUGUGGAGGUCAAACUAAAGCUUUAGCUGCCUCACCAAAGCCUUGGUUUGACUCACUUUGGAUCUUUUCUUCCUUUUCCUGUGGAGGGGAAAGUUCAGCAGCUAGUGCCCUCCUGGUUGUUGUCACCUGACAACCCUUCCUGCUUUCUUCUGGACAUCUGAAGAGCCAAGAUGCCCACCAACUUCACUGUAGUGCCAGUGGAGGACUCAGACAGUGGCAGCAACAGUGGCAGCAACAGCGCGGCUGCAGCUGGAAGCGGCAAACCAGUCAGUUUGGGCAAAAUAUUUGGGGAGGAUGAUAGAGGAUCUCAUUCAGGAGAUGACAGCCACAGAGAGUCCAGUCCAUUCAUCAACUCAGAUGAUGACCAAGAACACUAUUAUGAAGGCAAGAACAUGGCCCUGUUUGAGGAGGAAAUGGACAGUACCCCCAUGGUAUCAUCUCUGCUCAACAAGCUGGCCAACUACACCAACCUGACCCAGGGUGUUCGUGAGCACGAGGAGGCAGAGAAUGAGGAUGGGGUCAGAAGGGUCGCUGUCAUGGUCCCUCAAAUGGGAACCUUCAUCGGAGUUUACCUGCCCUGCAUGCAGAACAUCUUGGGAGUGAUUCUCUUUCUGCGUCUCACCUGGAUCGUUGGCACAGCAGGAAUCCUGGGAUCCUUUGCCAUCGUCUCCAUGUGCUGCAUCUGCACUUUGCUCACAGCCAUUUCAAUGAGCGCCAUAGCAACCAAUGGAGUUGUCCCAGCUGGUGGCUCAUACUACAUGAUCUCCCGAUCACUGGGUCCAGAGUUUGGAGGAGCAGUUGGUCUCUGUUUCUACCUUGGAACCACCUUCGCUGGAUCCAUGUACAUACUGGGCACCAUAGAGAUUCUGCUGACGUAUAUUGUUCCAACAGCAACAGUGUUUAAAGAAGGUGAAAGUGCUGCGAUGUCCAACAAUAUGCGUGUCUAUGGGACAUGCUGCCUGCUCCUGAUGGCUCUGGUAGUGUUUGUAGGGGUAAAGUAUGUGAACAAACUGGCUCUGGUGUUUCUGGCCUGUGUUGUUCUCUCAAUCAUGGCCACUUAUGCGGGAGUCAUCAAGACAAUCAUCGAACCCCCAGAGUUUAACGUCUGUCUGUUGGGAAACAGAUCUCUGAAGAAUGAAAUGUUUGAAACAUGUGCAAAGACGGAGGUCGUGAAAAACAAGACUGUGAUCACAGAGCUAUGGAGCCUCUUCUGUAACAGUAAAUAUCCCAACGCAACCUGCGAUGAAUACUUCAACCUAAACAACCUGACAGAGUUACGGGCCAUACCUGGGCUUCUGAGUGGAGUUAUCAAAGACAACCUGUGGGGAGACUAUAAUCCAGCUGGUAUGUACAUUGAGAAGAAAAGCCAGCCUUCAGCAGAGGCCCCAGACACGCCCAAUGACAUCAAUAAGCCCUAUGUCUUCAAUGACAUCACUACCUAUUUCACUCUGCUGGUGGGAAUAUACUUCCCCUCUGUCACAGGUAUAAUGGCUGGUUCUAAUAGGUCUGGUGACCUCAGAGAUGCCCAAAGGUCCAUCCCAAUAGGGACCAUAAUGGCUAUUCUCACCACUUCUUUCAUCUACAUCUCCUGUGUGGUCUUGUUUGGAGCCUGUAUUGAAGGAGUGGUGCUGAGAGACAAGUUUGGUUACUCAGUAAAGAAGAAUCCAGUUAUCGGUAUUCUGGCCUGGCCGUCACCCUGGGUCAUUGUGAUUGGCUCAUUUUUCUCCUGCUGUGGGGCAGGGCUUCAGAGCCUCACUGGUGCACCCCGCCUGUUGCAGGCCAUUGCUCGGGAUGGCAUCAUCCCGUUCUUACAGGUCUUUGGUCAUGGGAAGGCUAAUGGUGAGCCCACCUGGGCUCUGCUGCUGACUGUUGGGAUCUGUGAGAUAGGAAUCCUCAUUGCUUCUCUGGAUGCUGUGGCUCCCAUCCUCUCCAUGUUUUUCCUCAUGUGCUAUCUGUUUGUGAAUCUGGCCUGUGCUGUUCAGACUUUGCUCCGUACCCCCAACUGGAGACCUCGCUUCAAGUUCUAUCACUGGACCCUAUCCUUCUUAGGGAUGAGUCUGUGUCUCUCUCUCAUGUUCAUCUCUUCCUGGUACUACGCCUUGGUUGCCAUGUUGAUAGCCGGCUGUAUCUACAAGUACAUUGAGUACAGAGGGGCAGUGAAGGAAUGGGGAGACGGGAUCAGAGGUCUGUCCUUAAAUGCAGCACGCUAUGCUCUCAUCCGGCUGGAGGAAGCACCAUUACACACCAAAAACUGGAGGCCUCAGCUGUUGGUGUUGUGUAAGUUGGACCCUGACCUGACGGUAAGACACCCUCGUCUCCUGUCCUUCACUACGCAGCUUAAAGCAGGAAAGGGACUGACCAUCGUUAGCUCAGUCCUAGAGGGAACCUUUAUGACCCGGGGGAAUGAUGCCAAGACUGGAGAGCAGAACCUGAAAGCGGCCAUGACUGCAGAGAAGAUGAAGGGUUUCUCUCAUGUGGUGGUGUCGUCCAACCUGCGGGACGGCUUCUCUCUGCUCAUCCAGUCAGCAGGACUGGGAGGGAUGAAACACAAUGCGGUCCUGAUGGCCUGGCCAACAGGCUGGGGACAAGGCCGGGACUCCUCGAGGAGGAACUUCAUAGAGACAGUGAGAGAGACAACAGCAGCUCAUCAGGCUCUGCUGGUUGCUAAGAACAUCGACAAUUUCCCCAGUAACCAGGAGCGUCUGAGUGAGGGAACCAUUGAUGUGUGGUGGAUCGUACAUGAUGGUGGACUGCUCAUGCUGCUGCCAUUUUUACUUAGUCAACACAAGGUAUGGAGGAAGUGUAAAAUGCGAAUCUUCACGGUGGCCCAAAUGGAUGACAACUCCAUCCAGAUGAAGAAAGACCUCCAGAUGUUUCUCUACCAUCUUCGCCUGGAUGCAGAGGUGGAGGUGGUGGAGAUGCAUGACAGUGACAUCUCAGCCUUCACCUAUGAGAAGACGCUGGUGAUGGAGCAGAGGUCUGAAAUGCUUAAACAGAUGCAGCUGUCCCGCACUGAGAGGGAGAGAGAGAUUCAAAGCAUCACAGAUGUAUCGCGCGGCUCCAUAAAGAGGAAGAAGUGUUCGGGUGUCCUUUCUCUCAACACACAGUGCAUACCAGAGGAUGAGGCCCAGCUGAUCCACGACCGGAACACGGCGUCUCAUUCUAUGAAUGACAAAGCUGCAGGUGCCGCACCUGAUCGUGUCCAUAUGACCUGGACCAAAGACAAACUGGUCAAUGAGAGGAACAGACACAGAGAAAACAUAGGAGUUAAAGACAUAUUUAAUAUGAAACCUGAAUGGGAGAAUCUCAACCAGUCCAACGUGCGGAGGAUGCACACAGCUGUGAGGCUGAAUGAGGUGGUGCUCAAGAAUUCCUGUGAGUCACAGCUGGUGUUGCUUAACAUGCCGGGCCCACCGAAGAACAGAAAAGGGGAUGAGAACUAUAUGGAGUUUCUGGAGGUCCUGAUGGAUGGUCUCGACCGCGUCCUUUUAGUUCGUGGAGGAGGUCGGGAGGUCAUUACCAUCUACUCCUAGUACCAAGCGGUUCCUAAUAGUUUGGAAGUGCACUGGAAGGAAACACUGUGGGACAGUAGAACCCCUGAGGACUAUGGGACAUGGACUAAGAUGUCGAACAGAGGAAGUACAGUACACUCCCUCUCAUGAGAAAGAAGGAUCAUGGUUGCUAGGAAGGACAGGGGAGUCCACCUGCAGCACAGCCUGAGCUCAGUGCAUCGUCUGGGAGCACAGAGGGCUCUCUACAUCCCCUCCUCGUGGGGCUCCUUAUCUCUGGCACAUCUGUACACUGUAAAAUGAAAACUGCAUGGCUGCACUGUGGAGAUGUUCUUUCCUUAGAUAGACUGUAUUUUCUGAAAGAGCUGUCCUUUCAAUUUCACAUGUUAUAUUGCUUUGCCAGGCACUUGUUGGAGGAAGAACACAAACUUCAGCUUGUUGUCAGUUUUAGCAUUUCACUGAUGGUGGUAGCUGGAAACUGGCUCACUGGUUUCAAUGAGGGAUGCUAACAUAGCCAACAUAGCACCUUUAUUUAUUUCAGUACCGCUGAUGAAACUUUUCUUUCUUUUUAAUUGACAAGCACUGAGUUUGGAAUCAUGGGAUGAGUUGAACAUAUUUUUAAGCCAUUAUAUUACAUAUUAUCAUGUUUCCCUCAUAUCACUGCCUUAUACUCGAAGUUAAAGCCAAAGUCCCAUUGAUUACAAUCAGGACAGUUUAAGUGGCAGCAUUGAUUGUAAUUGUUUUUGUUGUCGUAGAAAACAUUAGUGUGUCAAGUGUGAUCAAAAAAGAGAUAGUGAAAAUGCAACAAAGAAAAUGCAACUUUUGUGAUUUUAGCAUUUUACUACAUUUUAGUUUUUGAUGUAUAUGAUUGUCUUGUUUUUAAUGGAGCUAAAUGUUAGGGUGCAAGAGCGACUAUAAAGUAGUAUUUUCAUUUAGUAUUACUAUUAGUUAAGUACAGUAUGUUGUGUUUUAGUUCAACAAAAAAGACAAUCUUAUUAAACAAACCAAAAAAGUCUGCAA